GAUACGUGGUGUAUAUACAUCAGGGACUGUCGCGCAGGCAGAGGACCCUGCCACCUCCCUGGAGCUCCAGACGCGCGGACUGCCUGCAGAAAAAGCCAGCUGUUCCUGCAAGAGACCAGAGGAGGAGGGAAUGACCGCUGGGCUCCUGGACAUGGGGUUGCCAGAACAAGUGACCUUUGAGGACGUGGUCGUGGACUUCACCCAGGAGGAGUGGGGGCAGCUGACACCUGCCCAGAGGGCCCUGUACCGUGACGUGAUGCUGGAGAACUUCGGGCUCCUGGUCUCUGUGGGACAUUGGCUCCCGAAGCCCUCGCUCAUCUCCCUGCUGGAACGGAAGGCAGAGCCGUGGCCUGUGGGUGAGGAGGUUCCACCAGGUGUGUGUCCAGAUUUAGAAACUAGAUUGAAAACCAAAUUGUCAGCUGCAAAGCAAGACAUCUCUGAAAAAACAUCCAACAAUGUCCUUGUAGAUAGGUUCCUGUGGAAUGGUCAGCCAGGCUCUGAGCGUGAAGAUGCUGAGGGCCACUGGGUACAGAGUUGUGAGAGUCUUGAUGAUGUGGUACAGGCGGACUUCCAGCCUGUGAAGGCAUCUGUUCAGGAGCAGCAACUAGGGACUGGGUUUGGGGAAUACUUACGUCUGAGCCUAGAUAUCCCAACUCAACCCAUGACUCCUGAAAGACGGUGCUCCUACACAUGGGCAAUGCAUGGAAAAAGGGAACAUCCAGGCGCUAAAUUAAAUGUGCAGCCGAAAACCUAUGCAACAGGGAAAUCCUACACAUAUCAGGAAUGUGGGACAUCCUUUAGUCACAGCUCUGCAUUCAUAGAAUACCAGAGAAUCCACGCUGGUGAGAAACUUUAUAAGUACAUGCAUUAUGGGAAGACCUUCGAUCAAAUUGCACCGUUGAUCCAGCACCAGAGAACUCACACAGAUGGGAAGCCCUAUGAGUGCAGCGAAUGUGGGAAGUCCUUCAAUGUUAGGUCCUCCUUCAGUCAACGGGAGUGGAUUCACACAGGUGAGAAACCCUAUGAGUGCAGUCAAUGUGGGAAGGUCUUUCGGCAAAGCAUACACAUCACUCAACGUCAGAGGAUUCACAUGAGAGAGAAGCCCUAUGAGUGCUAUGAGUUUGGGAAAGCCUUCAGCCACAACACACUCCAACCUGAGCAUCAGAAGAUUCACACAGGAGAGAAGCCAUUCAGCUGUAAUGAAUGUGGAAAAACGUUCAGCCACAGCUCAUCUCUCAGUCACCAUAGGCGGACACAUACUGGAGAGAAGCCCUAUGAGUGUAGUCAGUGUGGCAAGACCUUCCGGCAGAGCACACACCUCAGUCAACAUCAGAGGACACACACAGGGGAGAAACCCUAUAAGUGCAGUGACUGUGGCAGGGCCUUCAGCCACCGCUCAUCCCUAACCAACCACCAGCGAAUCCACACUGGGGAGAAGCCCUAUGAGUGUAAUGAAUGUGGCAAGGCCUUCAGCCAGCUCUCUCCACUCAUUCUACAUCAGAGGAUCCACACAGGAGAGAAACCCUAUGUCUGCAGUGACUGUGGCAGGGCCUUCAGCCACAGCUCAUCCCUAACUAACCACCAGCGAAUCCACACUGGGGAGAAGCCCUAUGAGUGUAACACAUGUGGUAGAACCUUCAGACAGCUUUCUUCACUCAUUCUACAUCAGAGGACCCACACAGGAGAGAAGCCCUAUGAGUGUAAUGAGUGUGGCAGAGCCUUCAGCCAGAGCUCCCCUCUCAUACAACACCUUAGGAUUCACACUAAGGAAAAGCCCUAUACGUGCAACAAGUUGGGGGAGUCCUGCAGUCAUUCCUGAGUCAGCAUGAGAGGACACACUAGGGAAAAGCCAUACAAGUGUGUAAAUUGUGGGCAAUCCUUCAAACAGAGCACUCACC